AGCCUGCCGCGCGGACUCCUCCACACUCACAUGCGAGUAACACACGCGACAUGUACUGUUCGGGGACUUUUACGGUCUUACUGGUACUUGAGCUGGCAAUAGAGACUCAAGUGGACGCGUUCACGAUCCGCCGCGCGCCGGAGACGACGCAACUGCCGGACUUGUUACAGGCAGAGAAUUCGGUUCUUGCAGUUAGGAACGAUUUGAGACGCAACGCCAAUGUCUUCGACAGGACCACGACCAUCACCCAGCCGAUAGAGACAACUGCUAAGACUGAAGAGAUACAGAAGAAUGUCAUUACGACCACGAAGGCUACAGCCAAGUCAGCUCCAACUACGACUAUUCCAUCAACUACAACUUCUACAUCUACAACUCUAACAACAACUUCUGCGCCUCCUGGUACAACUAGAGAUAUAAUUCCUACUACAACUAAGGCCACUACAACUAGGACGGUGACAACGUCGAUAUCCACAUCGAUAGAGCCUUCAACAGAGGAACCAGCGGAGAGUCCAGAACCAAGUACAGAAACAACUUCAGAACAAACCAGUGUAGUAUCGUCUUCUAUCUUAAGCUCCAGUACGACAGAGAGUAUGGUUGAGUCUACCAGUGAAGACCAAAUCCAAGCCAGUGCCGAAAUCAAUUUAGUGAAUCAAACAUCAAGCAGUGCAACUCUGCUAAAUGUUACAGUACCGGACAUGAACAAAACUGCCGAUAACAGUAUGACUGCCGAGGACAGUACUACUGUCGAUAACUAUUAUCGAAAAAACUACGUAGCUACUAAUACCGAAAAAAGUACUACAACUUCUAAAAGUACCAUUGUUGCUAACAGUACCACUGUUGCUGACAAUGCCACUGCUGCAAAUAGUACUACUGCAGACAACAGUACUUCUCCCAAUAACAGUAUUAUUCCCGAAAACAGUACUACGGUCGAUAACAGCACUAAUGUCGCAGAUAAAAACGUAACGAUUGUGACAACCCCCACGGCUUCCACGACUGACGCCGAAAGUGCUUCCACGAGUAGCAGUCAAAAUUUCUCGACAACCGAGGAAUGGAGGACAGAUGAGGAUAACAACACUAGUUAUUCUACUGAAUCUGUCGACAUGAUUAGUAGUAGCGUUUCUACUACUGACACAUCAUCAAGCAAGGAUAUUGAUGGUAGCAGUCAGAAUGGGACAACUAGUACCGCUCGGAUGCCACAGCCUACAACCAUGUCAGAAUCAGCAACCAAUGUAUCUGAAGUGACCACCGUUGUAGAGGAGGAAGUGGUACCAACGGAAGAAGCAAAGCAAACGAAUGCACCAAUAACUCCAGACGGGCUAAAAACUGAUUCAAGCGCAGUUACGGCUACACCUUAUUGGAAGAGAUAUACAUUAAUUGAUAGAAAAAGGAUAACAACAGUUGCAGAUGCCGUGACUAGUACGGAAACAGAUGAUUUGGUGCAAGCAGGGACGGCCCAAUCAAGUGUUAGUUUGGAAAAAGCAUUAAAUAUAUCUUCUGAUAUACCAUCACUAGAAGAAUUAAAAAACGAACUUCUGGCUCUUGAUAAGAUGACUACUGUGAGUUUGGACAAGUUAAGUUCCACGGUGACCGACGAAAUCACCAGUACAUCAACAGAGUCCUUUUCCUCUACAGAAGAAACUUCAACAAUGUCGUCAGAAACAGAUACAACUAGCGAUAUGACAACUAGAUUUGACAUUGUGUCAUCCAAACGAGCCGGAUUUUUAGAUCACUCUUCAAGAGCUACACUCGCAACCGAAAAAGCAACCACUACCAGUCAAAGAUCUGUUGGAACAAGUGAAACGUUGGUAACCGAUAAACGUAUUCCUGAGAAUAAGACGACUCCAUUAUUAGCUCAGAAAAGCAGUAGCAUGGCAUCGCAAAGCCAACUGGCCGAGGACGCGAUCAAUGAAGAGCUUAUGAAAGAAGAAAUACUAAGUGAUACCGUGGAAUACACUCAGCGGCAGCGAGACGUCAUCGAUAGUAGUAAAACUCCGCCGAUGCAGAGCGCCGAAUCCAACCAGGACAGUUCCAGUGAAGACAAGCUCAGUGUCAAACCAAUCAGUGCGGAGAGAGUAAAGAACGGCGGCCUCUACACUGUAAGCCCAAAUUAUAAGCCGCUGAAGAAAAUCGAAGUACAGCCACCGAAGCCUUUCGUCCGCAACCCUGACGACAACAGCUGGAGGAUCGAGGGGCUCAACUCAUUGGGCAUCGUGGUUAAAGUUAACAACAACACUUCCUCAAAGCCUUUCACUCAAGUUUUGAAAAAUAAGACGGAAUCCGAAUUGAAUCUUUUGGAGAAGUUCAACAAAGGCGAGGAGCCGGAACUCCGCGAACGACUCGAGAAGAUCGCAGAAAAGAGAAAGUCCAAGAAGAAGAAGAUCAACCAGUACGGCGAGACCGUGUACACAGACUACUCUGACUCGGGAGAGAAGAUGACCUCCGUGAGCCCCGGAUACUUCGCAGACUUGAUGACUGCCAAAGACGUUGACUUUACGACCACGACACUCCCUGAGUUGGAUUAUAACAAACAGACAACCACCCCGGCUAUAGAAAUGGACGACGAACUGGAGACUACCACAUUAAAAACCAAGAAAGUGAUCGACGAGUAUGAAUCUGACGACUCUGACGAGCCAGACUAUACUCUACCAAACAUAGACUUGAAGAAGUACAUCACGCCGGCCAAGAGCCGCGACACGCCGCCGCCCGCCCCCGCCACCUACACGCCGCCCCCCACGCUGCGCACAUUCCUGCCCGACAGGAGACCCACCAUACAGUACUUCCCUCCCAGGGAGAAACAGAAGGUCGUCGUCAACGACUACGACACGGAUUUCCAGAGGAAGAUCAACGCGUACACGUACAAAGACGUGCCGAGCCGCGUGACGCAGACGACGCCGGCGACCGCCUCGCAGCCCGCAUACCAGUUCCCGCGCAACAAGUACGAGCAGCACCGGCCCAACGACAUCGCGCGGCGCCCGCCCGACCUCGGCAAGAGCGUGUACCUCACGCAGCCGCCGGCCGGCGACCACAGCGGGUUCAACAUGGUGGACCCGGAGGUGAACCGCGCCACGUACGUCAUCAAGCACCUGCGCGACUUCCUGGACGAGGCGGUGAAGGCGGACGACGGCGCGGCCGCCACGGACGAGCCGCUGCGCGGCGUCACGGCCAACGCGCGCGUGCCGCCCGCGCCGCCCGGCGACUACUACGACUACGAGGCGCAGUUCCGCAAGGACGUGCUCGACAAGUUCGUGGAGAACUUCAACCAGAACAGCGAGCGGUUCAAGGCGGACUUCCCGGUGCUGUACAACACGUCGGUGGUGCACUCGCAGCUGGCGGCGGAGGGCCGCGGCGCCUCGUCCACGGCCUUCAUGAAGCGCCUGUACGAGGACGCGCAGGCCAUCCAGCGCGCGGGCCGGCUGCCCAAGCGCUUCGACCCGCUGUGCGAGCGCACGGUGGAGCUGUCGCCGGCCUACGAGCUGCACUACUACGUGCCCGAGGAGGAGGAGAAGGAGCAGGCCGAGCCGCGCCACCCGCCGCCGCCCUACCGCCUGCGGUUAUGAGCUGCGCUCACACGUGGCCGACGCAAGGACUGUAUUGUGUAAACAUAUUUAAUUACGCCUGAUGAUGCCUCGACAUGCAAGUGGGCCCCACUCCGGACUGAUCUACCGACAAGCUUUAUGUACUUAAAUUAUUUAUACUUACUUAGUCUAUUCGAUUUUGUAGCAUUGGAUGUACACGUCGAUACAAUUAUUCCAAAGAAUUGUAAAUUAAUUAGUUGUUACUAAAGUACUAUUGUGUAUUGAAGAUGUAAAGAUUUACAAAAUUAUUGGAAGAGUGAAAUAUGCAUGUUUUAAAAGCACGUAGUGUUUAUUCUCAGUAUAUGGGACGUCCAGACAGCUGUCCUCAAUUACCUUAGUCCUGUAGAGUCAUGUAGAGAAACUAUCUUAUAUACCAGGUAUUAUGGCCAUAGGCAGGUUGAGCAUGGCUGUUCGAAUGAUGCUUAUUAUAAAUAACGAGCGUGUGAUCAAACGUGUGACAUAUUUUAGGAAGUGUGUGUAUGUGACUGAAACAAUAAAGUGUUGUACAAACCAAA